GCUCCGCCAUUGGCAUCGUAGCCCGAGCUCUCAGGACAAUGGAAUACAAGAAGCAAUUCCCUGUUUUUUUGGAUGUCCGUUUUGUUAUGGCUCCUUAUGAAAGGAUGGUUUUUGAGCUAUUCUAUGACGUUGCCCCCUUUACUGCGGAAAAUUUCCGUGCGUUAUGUUCAGGAGAAAAAGGAGUGAGUGCUAAAACUGGAAGGCCUCUGGGGUACAAACGGAGUUUCUUUCAUCCUUAUAAGGAAGGUGACUCCUACGUAAAGGGAGGUCUAUUUUCCUACAAAACAGGUAUAUUUUCAAUCAAAGCAUUGACUUUAGGAACACUAGUCUACUUUCUGACGCUUGUGUGA